AUGCCCACAUAUAAUUCAUACCGUUGCAAAGCCAUAGAAAAUUUACGAUAUCAUUGACACUUACAUAAGCCGAAGUCAAAAUUCUGAAAGAUAAGUAAAGCGAAUGAUGUGUGACAGAGCUAACAUGCGCAGGUGGGUGUUACUAUCACUGCCGUUGAUGGUACUCGUCUGUUUAUUGCGGGAGGGAGAAGCAAUAUGGUUGACUGUGCCGGCGAGUGGAACAAAGUGUGUUUCUGAGGAACUUCACAAUAACGUCGUCGUUUUGGCUGAUUACUUUGCGAUCUCCGAUGAUCACUCGAAUCCCAUCCCCACUAUUUCCGUCAAGGUCACCUCACCAUUUGGGAACAAUCUUCACCACAAGGAGAACAUGACACACGGUCAGUUUGCCUUCACAACAACUGAGGCUGGUAACUAUCUAGCAUGUUUUUGGGUUGAUGGUCAUAAUCCAGGAGGUGGGAGCUUAACUGUUAACCUUGACUGGAAAACCGGAAUUGCUGCCAAGGAUUGGGAAUCAGUUGCCAGAAAGGAGAAGAUAGAGGGUAUUGAACUUGAGUUGAGAAAGCUUGAGGGAGCUGUGGAGGCCAUUCAUGAAAAUCUGAUUUACUUGAAGAGCAGAGAAGCAGAGAUGCGGUCGGUUAGUGAAACAACUAAUACGCGGGUGGCUAGCUUUAGUAUCGCAUCCUUGGGAGUCUGCAUCUUGGCCUCGGUUUUACAAGUUUUGUAUCUGAAGCGAUAUUUCCGAAAGAAGAAGCUAAUUUAAACUUCCUUCAGUUGAAACCUUAUUCUAGAUGGCACAUUAAAUCUUAGGACUAGCAUCAUUUGGCACUUUUUAUGAAACACAGAUUUUUUUAUGAUCUAGCUUUUACUAUAUCAGAUAAUGAAGACAUCACCUUAGCUUUGAGUGUACACUUGAAUUACUUUCUACUGCUUACCUGCCCUUCAUUUGUUACUCUUCUUCACUUAUCGUUGUUGUACAUUCUCUGAAGCAUGUGUUUAUUCAAGUAUCAGUACACUGUAUUUUUUCCUCAAGUGAUAACUCAGAGUUGAAUGUUUCUUGA